CCUGUCAUUAAUAUGCUGCGCGGUCUUAUCAGCGGCACGCCGACGCGUACGCGCGUGAUCCAGCAGGCUCGUCGCUUCAGCCAGACCCCCACCGCCCCGCUGCUCAAGGUGCACACGAAGGCGGCGCGUCCCAGUGCCGUAAUUGCCUUCAGAGGUCUAGAGCUGGGAGAAACGCAGCGUACGUGGCGCCAAGCAGCUAAUGGCAAUGUACUGAGUUACUGGAAGUCCGCGGCCUUGGCAGCCACAGCGUGUGGCACCCUGGCGCUCCAGCCUACCGCUUGUGAGUCCAAUAAGAGCAACGAUAAGGACGAAGAUCCCGUGGAAAAGGCCAAGAAAAUGGUACAGGACGCAUCCACUAUCGUUAUUGCCAAGCUCGCGGAGCUGCUACCAGAGGAUUACAGUAAUCUGCAGAAGAAAAUGGACGAGUUCCUGGUCUCUGGCAAAGCUGGGCAGAUCACCUGGGGUUUCUGUAUGGGCGCGUGUUCUGGCUUUGCUUUAAAGAAAGUAUCCAAGUUGGGGGCUGUGGCGAUUGGGUCGAUGUUCGUACUAUUGCAAUGUGCGAGUUACUCUGGAUACGUGGACGUCGACUACAAGAAACUGGAGCGGGAUUUCAAGAGCUAUCUUGAUAUUAACAAGAUGAGAGACUGA